AUGUUGAGCGCAUUCGCCGCUCGCAAGGCACAGGCCGCGAACGCGCCGCCCACCUCUGCCUCAGCUCCACCCCAGCCGGUCUCGAGCAGCAAUGUUAUCCAACAGCAGAUUCCGCAGUCUCCGAUCUCUGCCCGACCUAUCUCCAAGCGAAAAUCAAGUUCGCAGCAGCAGACCCUGCCCUCAUCGAAGAAGCACAAAAAGAAACGCGAGCCGGAGGUGAGGCGCGUGCGGUACUUUGAAAACGCGCUGGAAAGGCGCGAGCCGGAUCUGAUCGUGAUCGACUCUGAGGAGGAAGUGGAGGUGGAAGCGGAUGAAUCGACGACACCGACAACGACAUCUCGCCCGCCCCAGACUGGGCAGCGUGCAUGGUCUCCUAGUGCCCCCUUAAACGACUCUUCCGAAGACGAAGAUGAGGAGGAUCAAAGUGAUACUUCAAGGGCUCCCGCCAGCACUCCGCUCGUUCCGCACAUCCCUUUCACGACGUUCCAUGCAGUCCCUGACGAGACGCUCUUCUGCCUCGGACAUGAAGAAAAGCUGCUCUUGGGUCUCUCCGGCGAUGCGCCGGCCUCGCUGCUUGUGCUGACGCCGGGGCAAACACUCACCUUGCUCGGCGUCUAUGCGCUCACCGUCAUGCGCGGCGCGGUAUCGCUGUAUGGCGUCAUGCUGAACGCGUCUCCGGCGGCGCAACGCGUCUACGCGCCGAGGAGCUCGGCCCUGCCCGUACUCAAGGCCAUCGCGACGUCUGCGCGUGCGGGGCUGAACAAGCUGGACGUGCCGCCGAGAGCACGGGCCGCAUGUGCGGAGGGGCGAGCGGUCGUGGUGUUGCAGCAGCUCAAGACGGGAGUGGAGGGACUUGGUCGGAUCGUGCAGACGUUCGGCGGUGUGUUCGAGCCGUCAAGACGGAUGGACGAGGCGGAGGACGUGCUCCAGAUCCCAGGCGUGUAUGCGGUAUGUGCUAUCAUUGCAUUCAUUGGCACACAUACCGAUUGCAGUCCAAAGGUCGCGCGUCAAAGCAAGGAUCUUUUGCCAUUCGUGAUUUCCCCAAGUUGGGAGGCCGGCCUGGCCUCCGUGUCUGAUGCUCCGUCCGGGAUAUUUCUCAUCAAAGGCCACAAAAAGGCAGGGAAAAGCACUUUUUGUCGGACAUUAGUGAAUCAGUUGCUUGGCAGAUUCAGCAAGGUGGCCUAUCUUGAAUGCGAUCUAGGACAAUCUGAAUUCACGCCCGGUGGGUUGGUGGCUCUGAAUAUUGUUGAAAAGCUCGUGUUUGGCCCUCCGUUCUCACACCCAAGCAUCCCGAAUUACGCUCACUACAUUGGGCAGCUGACUCCGCGGUCUUCGCCCUCGCAUUAUCUAAGUGCGAUACAAUCUGCGAUAGAAAGCUAUCAGCUGGAUGUCCAGACGCCAGCGACCCCGGGACCGGAUGAAGGACGGAUAUCAGCCUGCAUCCCGCUUGUGGUGAACACGAUGGGCUGGUCGAAAGGUCUGGGGGCUGAUCUGACGCUGUCAAUCGAAGCGAUCGUGCGCCCGACACACAUCUUCCAAUUCGAGCCGCCUGAAACUCACGCGGUCCCGGAUGAUCUACCUGCUGCCCAUAUCCAUCUUCUCCAGCCCAUAGCGCCAUCCGGGCUGUCGGAUACGUUCACAGCCUCGGACAGCCGCGCGAUCUCGAUGCUCUCGUACUUCCACGCCGUUUUUCCCCACGGAAAAACGGGCGGUGAUGGAGAAUCGGAGGAAAUGCCGGAGGCGGAGAUGCGAGCAGAGAGCUGGAACACAGCAGUGCCGCUGAGCGGUCGUGCGCCGUACGAGGUCGAUUGGGCUGCCGCAUUCGACAAAAUCGUGCUGAGUGGCGCUGGAGCCGAAGAUGUCGUUCCCUCCGAGAUCGAUCGGGUCCUCAAUGGCGCUUUGGUCGGUCUCGUCGCUUGUGAACCGGGAUCACUCGAUGUGCAGAUGUCAGCAAAUCCAGUUCCCUCUGGAAACUCUAUUCCCUACACUCAGGGCGAUGGGCCACCAUCAACUUCAACCUCGAACUGCCGCGGCCUUGCUUUCAUCCGGGCAGUUUCGCCCAACGCGUGCCACAUUCUCACCCCUCUCCCGCCGCGGUACCUCGCGAACGGCCGAGUCCUAGUCAAAGGCGAAAUGGAACUCCCAGUUUGGGGGAUGCUUGACUUUCGGGAGCAGGGCGAGAACCCCAAAGCCCCAUUUCUACAGUGGGAUAAAAGUGAAGGCCUAGGCGCGGAAAAGCGCCGGAUUCGGCGAAAUUUGAUGCGCAAGGGACAGAUGUAA